AUGCAGCUGGAACAGCUGCUCCAUUCUUCCAAGAUGCCACCAUUGUGCACUCAAGGAGUGCUGGAUCCUGUUCCCUCACGGAUCGCUGUGCUUCUCCACGACGUUUCAGAUCCAGAGAGCCCCAGCCAAGAAGAGUUUACCAGAAAUCUGGAAAGCAUCAGGGCACGUUUUGCCCCGAAUCUGGUCCUAGCUCUGCAGAUCAACCAUGGCGGCGCGGACUUCCUCAUGCCAGAGGCAGAGGCGAUGCUUUUUCUGGGAGUCAUAGGCCAACUAACGUCAGAUCCUGUGGCUGUGGCUGAUGAGGCUGCAGACGCAGCAAAACCCAGCCCGGCCAGCCCGGGAUCGCGCCUCACCCGUGAAGAUCUUCAGAGCUUGGCGCAGGCUGCACUGCCUGCUGCACGGCACUGUGUGUGUCGGCGUCUGGCUGUUAGAUUCGAAAAGGUUGGAACCGAAGUGGUGGUCAAGAGCGCCGUGCCUUGGAUGGAGAAGCAGCUCCAGCAGCUGGAGGCCAUGCAUAACUGCUGCAACAUGUGA